AUGGCUCCCUCGGCCCGAGCGACGCCCCGGUUGUGGCACAGGGGGCCGCUUGAGGCACAGCCAGCCUGGCUUCUGACCGCAGGGGAGCGGACGACCCUGCCGGGCAUUUCCCUGCCGGGCAGAGGAUGGAGUGGGCCCAGCUGGGGGCGGGGGAGCCCCGCUGUCGUCCACGCGGACGAGGACCGGAUGGGGCCGCCACGAAGCCUCCCUCCCCUCCUCCUGUCCCUGCCGCCUGUGAAGGGCCGGGGGAGCCAGGGAGGGGACGGAGCGCCGGAGGAGAAGCCGGGAGCUGCCUGCCCCGGGGACGCUGCUGCCGCCGAGGCUCCUCCGCAGAGAGCCCGUCCUGCUGGGCCUCCGUCACGGAAAGCGGAGGAGCGGAGCCGCGAGAGUGGCCGACCCACCCACCGACCCGCCGCCCUCUUCUCUCCCGCCCCUUCAGGGGUCCCCCUCUCUGCGUCCCUGGGCCAGGAGCUCUCCCAAGCCAUGCGGCGGAUGGACAUGGGGGUGGAGCAGGAGUACGCCGGGGACAUCUUCCAGAGCCUGAUGGAGCAGCCUCGGUACACCUUCCGAGCAUCGGACAUGCCCCGUGCCGUGACUGCCGAGAGGCGGGCGCUCGUUGUCGACUGGCUGGUGCAGGUGCAUGAGUACCUGAAGCUGGCCGACGACACGCUCUACUUGGCCGUGUACCUCAUGAACGCCUACCUGAAGAUGAGCAAGGUGCGGGUGGCCGCGCUCCAGCUCCUGAGCGUCGCCUGCCUCUUCCUGGCCUGCAAGGUCGAGGAGAGCACCUGCCCCCAGCCCAGCCAGCUGUGCCUCAUGACGGAGGACACGGUCACCCCGAAGGAGCUCUUCUGCAUGGAGCGCAGGAUCUUGACCCGCCUCCGGUUCGAGCUGCACUACGCCAACCCGGUGUCCCUGCUGCACCUGCUGGCAGAGGUGGGCCGUGCCAGCCUGGAGGUCCGGCACAUGGCCAUGUACUUCAUGGAGCUUUCCCUGAUGGAGGCAGACGCUGUGGGUGUUGAGCCGGCUCUGCUGGCCGUCGCUGCCCUAUGCCUGGCGCAGCGGGUCCUGGGUGAGGGGGGCUCACGGUCGCUCCAGGGGGAUCCCCCCAAACUCCACAUGUACAGUGCGUCAGAACUGUCUGCCGUGUAUACGUCUAUGGCCCGGGCCGCCACACAGAGCUCCGGCUCCCCUCUCCGCGCCACCUUCUGGAAGUACUCCAGGCCCCAGAAGCUCUGCACCAGCACCAGUUCUGCCCUCACUGACUCCGCCUACUUGAGACGCUUCCAGGGAAGCCCCACCCCAUGAACCAGAAUUGCCCGGGGGGGGGGCCUUCAUGGCAGGAUGGGAGGAUCUUCCUGCGGAGAACGCUUCACGCGCACUUGUCGGACAGGAGAAGGCUCAAGGCGUCGGAGCCCCCAAGGGAGCGUGGAGGGCUGAGGACCCCCAGAACAAUCCUCCUCGGCCUUCCAGCAGAUGUCUAGGGGGGUGGGGUGCUGAAUAUCUUCCUGGCCUGGGGGAGGAGAGCUGCCGCUCCUCCUUGCUGCCGUUUCCGUCUGCCUCCUCUCCACAGUCCUCUUGCCUUGGAGGUUCUCCCAACGGGGCUGGUGUCUUGAAUUUCUACAGAUCCACUUUAAAUUAAGAGAGCGGGGACUCCAGAAGUUUCCAAUAAAG